GUAUUGGAAAAUUGGGGCAUUUUAAGACGUUGCGUUACAUAAUGAGCCUUAGCCUUGGAAGCUUUUUCUCAAAAUGAGUGUGUCAUCAAUCAGCAUGGACAAAACCCAAGUCAAUUCCAUUCCUGAGAACGAAACAUCAAACUCUGAUGCUCCUGGGUCCGUACAGUGUUUCCCCUCGUCAUUUUUGACCGUAGGCACUGCUGUAAGUGCCAAGUAUCGUGGUGCAUUUUGUGAGGCGACGGUAGAUCAUGUGGAUCUAAAAUUCCGUCUCCGUGUUCAGCUAAAAUCUAAUAAGUCCUGUGUCUCCGUUGAUGAAACCUGUUUGAUAUCUGGAUCUCCUGUUAUUGGAAAUGAAGUGUUAGUUCGAAUCGCUAACGAAACUGCAUUACCUAAUGAACAAGCUGGCAUAGUGAUACGUGUCACGGAUUCUAGUAUUUACACUGUCGUUUUUGAUGAUGGUGAUAAACGAACUUUAAGACGUACUCAACUUGUCAUAAAAGGUGAACGUCACUUUAAGGAGAGUGAAAGUUUGGAUUGUUUACCUUUAACUAAUCCGGAACAAUUCAGGCAACCAGUUAUAGAUCAGAGAAGGAAAUAUAGAUCUGGUGAAGAUGGUAGCAGUAGCAUCUUAGAUGAGAACAUGGAUGAAAUCGAAACUGAAGAUGUAGAUGAAAGAAGUGGGAUUAAAGAUUUUAAUCAAACUAUUUCGUACCAACCUAAUGGAAAUCCAGAUAAAUUGACAGAUCGCGAUGAUGUAGAUGAUUUCGAUCCAAAUUGCUCAAAUAUAACAGAACAUAAUGAUGAAGGCAGGACUCGAUCAUCAGAAGCUAAUACCAAUGUAUCAAAUAUGGGAGCGACUGAUUUAAAGCAUUUACCUGCUAGUUAUUGUCGUUUACUCGGGCGUUUAGUCAUGGUUGAUAUGCCGCUAACAGGGAAAGAUGGCUUUGGCUCUCCCUCGUAUGGAUCGUCUACUCCGGCCUGCAAGAGUCCUGGGGUAACACCUCGACGUCGAUUCACCCCAGCUGUUGUUGUUCUUCCAUCUGCUAUGCCAAGUAUUGACCUAGGAAGUUUUUCAAGUAUUGAUAAAACACACAAGUGUUACAAACUUUUGGUCCGUUCGUUUAAAGAUAACAGGUUUCUAGCAGUUCCUGUUACAUUUGUUAAACGACUGAAAAGACCUGAUGCAGUUGAACUUGCUCACACUUAUCCAGCACUACGUCCAGCUUUUGAGCGUGCACUUCUGUGGUUGGAUCGACAUGAAUUUCCAGUUUCUUGGGGUGAAAAUGCUGUGCAAACAAUGUUAGGCACAAAAAACUGGCGAUAUUCAAGACGUCGUUCCAGGCAAGCGGCUUCAGAUUUCACAGGUUCAAUAAAUUCUAGUCCUUUAAGCUUAAAGCAUACACGUGCUUCAUCGUCAUCAUCUUCUGAAGCCUCACAAUCUCCAAAUACUUGCCGAGGUUUAAUCCAAAAAUCACGUGGCAGACCAACUAAACAACUUGAACAUUCUACUCGCAAACGACCAAGACAAUCAGAUAAAACCCAAGUUUCCCGGUCAAGUUCACGCUUAAAAAUGAAAAGAUUUAAGGGACAUAUUAUACGUCCGACUAAGGCUGAAAAACGACGAAGUGACGUCUCUUCAAACGAAUCAUUUCGCACGGAAUCCUCAAAACAAUCUACUGCUAAUUAUAAGGUUAUCAAGAAAGGCACUGACAGACGUCAUAAGUCAACUACAAGCUCAAAAUAUGAAAAAAAUCCUAUUUCCGGUGGGGAUUUAUUUGAUUCAGUAAGUUCUAAUGAAGCCUCGGCAAAUUCUUCAGAGUCGGAUACUGACACCGGAUCAAUAAGUUCAUCAACUAGCAGCAAUAUAACUGUAUCUACUGUCAGUACACCUAGUAGCAUUAGUAGUAGUCUGAAUAGUAGUAGUAGUAGUAUCAACAGCAGUAGUAAUAGUAGCAGUGAUAAUAGUGGUACCAGUAGAUCAUACAAUUCAUCAGAUAAUUCAUCAACAUCGUCGGUAGCUGAAUUCGAAGCACGUGAUAGAUGGAUUGCUCAACUGUAUCGAUUUAUGGAUGAACGUGGCACUCCAAUCAACAAAGCACCUAGUUUAGCCAAUAAGGAUUUAGAUUUAUAUAAACUUUAUAAACUGGUUCAUAAACUUGGUGGCUUUCAUCGUGUUUCAUCACAACUUAAGUGGGGUUAUGUUUACUCAAAAAUGGAUUUGCCUCAAAACUUCAGUGCUGGUCCACGAAACUUGCAAGCUGCUUUUAAGAAAUAUUUAUAUCCAUGGGAUGAUAUCAGUAAAAAGUUGGGAACAAAUCUUUGUGAUCUUCCGCCAUCCAGGCCACGAUACCCUUCUUCAGUACAAAAUUCAAAUACCAAUGUUUCAGCUGCCAAUUCAACCGGAACUAAUGCAAAUAACUCAGUUUCUAUCAACACUUCACAGACUAAACAGUCUCUUGACUCGGGGAAUGUGGAAACAGAAUCAAAAUACUCUAACAUAAAUGCUACUGAAACAGCGGAAAAUUCAAGUAUUGAAAUCAAUAAAAAUGUCCGAACUGUCAGCAGUGCUACCACUAUCACAAUUGAUAACACAAUAACAACAACAACUAUAAAAAAACGAACUUCUGAUAAGGCGUCUCAGCAACUAAUAGUUGAUCGUUUUAAACAAUCCGACGAUGAGCAUACUGGUGCUAACCAUAAUACACCAAUACGAAAGUCAACUUCGUCAUCACCAUCAUCAUCAUCAUUAGGAAUGGAUAAAUCGUCCAAUUUUGUAUCGACAACUGAUGAUUUGGAUAAACCUAUUUCUUCAGCUUCGUCCAAUUGUUCAUCAAAAUCAGCACCUUUGAAAGGUCGUAAAAGAUUCUAUGAUAAUACAAUGCUAAAUCUUCCAUUGUUAAAUUUUGGUAGAGAGUCAGUUGACAGAGUAGAAGAUUUAUCCAAUUGCAUUAUUCCUGUCCGAUCACGUGUUCGAGUUCGAUGUGGUGAUCAUGUUGCUUAUGAAGCUAAAAUUCUGAAGCAUUUACGUCCUCAACCAGCUCUUUGUGGUUUAAAGACUGAAAAUUCUGCUGAUUCACUAUCAACUGCUUCAUGGUCCGGUGUUGGUGAUAUACAAUAUCGUGUUCAUUAUAUGGGUUGGAAUACACGGCAUGAUGAAGUUGUUCCUAGAUCUCGUAUAAUUUCUGUGAUAGAAUGGGGUCGGGGUACAGAUGAAGACCGUCCACAAUCUUGUUCUUCUUUGAGCCCAAUAGUUCAUGAACCUCGAAAAUCCACCUUAAAAAAUCAAAAUACUGUAUCACAUUCCAAACGUGAAUAUGAUCGAUCAUUGGUUUCCACUGAAAUAAAUGUUAACGAAAAAGACAAAGAAAUCUUUAAAUAUUUUGCUACAGAAGAUGCAAAUGAAGAUGAAGAAAGUAUUCAUAGUCAAACAACUGAAACAGCAUCUGACAACAUUACUACAACAGCACCAAUUGUUAGACGUCGUCGUUUAAUGUUUUCUUCACUAAAACCUGGUAGACGACUCUCAUCUCGAAAAUUAUCUAUUUCAAAAAGAAAUGAAUUUUGUUCGAAAAAAAUACCUAAACUACCUUUAUUAGCUAGUGGAUGCCUGUCUAAACCUCAUUCUUCCAUAAGUAGAGAUAGUAAUAAUAGUAGUAAUACUGAGAAAGUAGAAGAUACAAAUGCUGAUCCAAAGAAGUUAAAAACAACUUCCAGUGGCUGUAAAACUAAACAACUAUCUAUUAACCUACGUGGACGUAUCAGUAAGAAAAUCAAGCCUAUCAAACGGCCUCAUUCAAAUCUAUCAGUUGCUUCGGAUGUUUUUAGUACCAGCUCACCAAAUCGUUCUUCUGUCAAGUUAUCUGCUAAGUCAAAGAAAUUAAAAAUGGAAAAUCUUUCAAAUGAAUCAAUUAAUAGUGAAAUCUAUUACAAUACUACUACUACUACUACCGGUUUACCAACUCCAUUAGUAGCAGAUACAAAGCGAUGCGUAACUGAUGGAUCAUUAUCUGUAGAUUGUAAAAAAGAACCAUUGGAUGUUGUGGAUGAUGUCAAUCAACCAAGUAGUAAGUUGCAUAGCAAAUUGAGUUGUCAAGGUGAUCAGAUUAAACCAACUCGUAAUUCAUCUUCUAGUCGUAAUCUGGUUUCCAAAUCAAAGUUAUCAACUUUGAAAUCUAAAAUAUCUUCAUCCUCUACAAUUAGAGCGAAAAAUCUUGUCUCUAAACUGUCGAAAUUAGCAAAACGAAAAGUUACCAAUGAAUUGAGAAUUUUAUCAAGAAAAAAAUCUAAACGAAUCGUCAAUAAUGAUAAACAUCAACUUUCAAUGAACGAUGAUUCAUCAAAAAAUAAGUUGUCGUCCGGAUCCCCAUCAGUAUUGAUGAUUAGUAAGGAAUACAAAAAUGUCAAGUCGAGUCUUCUAAAUGAUAAUAACAAACAAAUGGUUUUGAAUGAACAUCAGAAUAUUGAAUGUUCAUUAUCGAAUAAUUCUGUAAUCAUUAGAGUAGAUGAAGAAUAUAAAUCUUUAUCUCCUAAUGAAAAACCUCAGAAAAGUAUAACGAAACAUAAUCGACCUAAAGGGAAAGGAGCUGAUAUCUCUUCAUAUCGUCUACAAAAAAAACUCAAUAAUACUACAGAUACUUUAAAGAAAGGAAAUACUACCAAAUCUACGUGUAUGGAAGAAAAAAAUCCAGAUCGUUCCAUGAGUACCAGUACUAGUAGUAGUGGUUCUUCAGGUGCUAUUGUAAGAAAAACAGAUGAGGAAAAAAUAAACAUAAAAUCUCCAGAUAAAUUACGAACUAAAAAGUCAUCAAAAUCAACUAUGGGUAGUCAACAAGCCAAGACAACUAAGUAUAAUAAUCCCACACUACAUUUUGAAGAUAUAUCCGAUACAGAAUCUUCUAAUUCAAAUGAAAGGAAAACCACUUCUAAACAUUCACGUUCUCGAUUAAGACAUUCUACUCAAAAUUCAAGUAAUUCUUCCCCAAACACAUCUCAAAAGCAGAUACGACUUAUUAAAUCUUCAACUACGUUAUCGAAAGCUAGUUCAAAUACUUCAGAUUCUGAUGAUGAUGAUGACAGUGAACAAGAAAUUCAUCAUUCUUUUGAAACUUCUCAUAAUGAAAGUAACGAUGGUAGUGGUAGUAGUAGUUCAGAAAGUGUUUAUGGCCCUGAUGAUGCACUUCCACGACUUACACGUAGUCAACAUAAACAAUUAUUAGGUGAUACACCCCCUGGUUCAGCUUUACAAACUGCAUCACCUGCAGUUUGUAAUCGCACUGCUUCAUCAGUUGUUGCUGCAAAACUUUUAUCCAAUUCUAAACGAUCUCGUACAAAAGAGGUGAAUAAAAUUGUUCAAUCGACGAGCGGACAACAAUCAUUGGAGAAAAUUGAGGACACAAAUAAAAUCUCGCUUUGUCUUAAUACAGAUUUAAUGAGGUCUUCGUCAUCAUCUGAAGUGAAUUGUCUCCAUGAUAACGUGCCUAGUGUUGAAGCGGAAGUUCACUUGGAAGAAAUGAACAUUCAUCAAACUAAAGUUAAUGUAUCACUUGAUAACGAAAUAUCAGAAGACACUGAAAUUAACAAAAUAGAUGUGUCUGUUAAACAGGAAAUUACUGAAAGCUCCAUGAUUCCAAAUGCUCCACAUUUAUCUCCUGAAAUUAUUGAUGAUAAUACACAAGUUUACAAUUCACAUGUGAAUGAGUUACAAACAGAAAAUAUGUCUCCAACAUCUAUAACUAUGUAUGAUAAACAAGAAAAGGUCAAAAAAGAAGAAGUAGCAGUUCAAAAAGUCAGAGAUCAUGGAAUUCCAAAUGAUAAUGUCAACGAUGAUGAUGAUAAUGAUGAUGAUCAAAGUUCUGUUCAAACUAUGAGCACAGAUCCUAUGGAUGGAUUAUCAUAUGAUUUAACUAUGUCUUCUGAAAAAACUCAUUUACACUUGUCUUCAAGCAAAGAAGAUGAAGAUGUAGAAUGUUGCACAGACAAUGAUGAUCAUCGUCAUCAAACGCAACAACUCUCUAAUAAUAUACCUGAAACUAUGAGUUCUUUAUCCGAUGAUGAAAAUCAUCAUUCAAUUGAUGAAAUUGUCAACGACAAUGAAGAAAUAAAUGUGACAGUUGUGAAUAAACCUCAUACAGAGCUUUCUACAAUUGAUGAAGAAGAAGAAGCAGAACAGCGACAACAAGAUGACGAUAAAGUCAGUGAAUUAGAACAGGGCAAUAUCCCUAAACUAUCAUCUCGUAGUCGAAUAAGACGAUCAAGUAAUAACAGUAAUUCUACUGAUGCUUCAAAUAGGCGUGGCAAUAAACGUAUACAUUUAACACCACAUCGUAUUACAGUAUGUAUUGAUUACUUUUAGUAUUGUAUCUAUUAGUUUUCUCAUGAUUCUUUUUGAUUUAGAUAACAUAAUUUUUAAAGUCAUUGAACAAAAUACAAUGAAUUUGUUUUCUUUCGUUAACUGCUCCAACAAAUGAUCCUAUUGAGUAGUAAAUAUAUAAUACACACUUUCAAGACUAAGGCAUUGCACCAAAUGAAUUUGUCAUUAUAUUGGUACUAAUGGUAUAAAUAUCAUACCUGUUGCAAAACGUUAAUGAAUAUCUAGAUUCACUAGUUUCAUGGAUAACACUUUAAGUGUGUAGGGUGAGAUGUAUUGGGUUCUAGUCGCAGUGUGAAGAUCGAAUAAAUCUGCCCGAUGAGUCACAUAUAAGAAAACACCAGUGUCCUGGAUAUCAGUGUUAGUCACAAUUCAUGUAAUCUUAAAACAUAGCUUGUGAUAGAAUGACUAUAACAUAGAGGCAGAGAGUGACAGAGAAUGAUCUAUUGCAGUGCUGAUUAUCAAACAAUAGGGAAUUACAAACCUUUAUUAAUUAAAGCUGUUGCUUAGUGAUUCAUGGUCAGAAGGUGAAUACUAGCGAUACUAGCAGAUAUAUAUAUUUAGGCUUAAAUAUGUAAUACUUGUAACUAUUUCAUUUUAUUUAAACCCAUAAACAUGAAUCCUUCGUGUCCGCCAACCCUGUUAAAGCGCCGGACACUCGUUUCUCACCCUCUCAAUUUGACAGAUAACACCCCUACCGCGAGAAGGAAUUGAGUAGGACGUCCCUGGGAGUGGCUGUAUACACGUGGUCUUGUGUGAGCAUUUCUAGAGGAGGGACUGACUAUUUCGAAUACUUCCUUAUUCUCCUCUCCCUGAUACUAUACCAGUUUUCUGGUUACAUUAACUUCACUGAACACUAUUACAGUUUUAAGAUGUUUACAACUGUUAGAAAACCGCAAAAGGAAAUCAAUUUACUUUACUCUGUAGAUAUUUUUGCCUUGCCCAAAACUGUUAAAUGUUAUGAUCAUUUCCAUAAUUAUUGACAUUGAAUACUUUUUUUGCAUCCUUAUGUUUUUGUACCCUGUUGUAAAACAGUUGAUUUUUAUGCGAUAUAUACUCCUUGUUUAGUUAUUCUUCAAACUCACUGUAUGAUCAUAUUUUAACUUCGUUGUAUACCUCAAUUUCGAAGACUCAUAAUCGCUGAUGGGUUCUGAAAAUUCACCAGUUCCUGCUUUGGAAUCCCCACAUUAUCAGCCUCCAACAUCUCCACAUUCAACACUCGGUACAUCACCAUUGCCUAGUUGCUCGAAGUCACUUCAAAAUCAUCCAGUUGACCGUUCUAUGUCUAAUCAUAGACGAUUCGGUGGACCAUUUUUCCCUAUCGCGGGUUUUGAUGAUCUACCUUCUGAUGUUAAAUGUCAAGUUUUACAAGAGCGUAUGCAUCGAAUAUUGGAAGCAUGGCGUUUAGCUAAACAAUAUCUUAAAGAUUUAGAUCAACGAAGUAAUCGUACACGUCGUCUAAAAGCUAGACAAAAUUUGGAAACAUUGACUUCUUCGUCGAAUUCCAAUUCAACUUCACAUAAUUGUCGACAACUUAUCGACGAACCUCCAUAUGCUACUAACGAUGUAGCAUACACCUAAUUAUUAUUAUUAUUAUACAAAGAGAUUAUGUGCAAGUGUAAAUUUCUUCAAGAUGUACGAUUAAUUUUUUUUCUGAAAAAGAAAUACAAACUACAAACUUUAAUUUCUAAUUAUUUCCUAUCCACUUGUUUAUUUGUUGUCUCUUUCUUUUCACUGAUCAUUUAAUUUUAAUCCUUUCAUACCUAUUUCUAUAUGUAUAUGUUAAUAUGUGUUUGCGUUUGGCCCAUUUUUGUUUGUUCUUGUUAUAUUGCUUACUUAAGUUACCCAAGAUAUUACUGCUAUUCUCUUAUUGUGUAUAUAGUUGAUGUCUGGAGUUGAAUUGGGGUACAUUUUAUUAUUAGUAUUAUAUGUAUAUUUAUUCAAAUUAAUGUAUUUUACAUAGUGUUAUAACUUAACAAAGACCAAUAUAGAUUGAUUGAAAGAACACAAAGAUGACUGAUAAGUAUUUGUUAUAAUCAAUGAAUGUAACUAAUUUAUUAUAUAACAUGAUUACUCCUCUCU